AUGGACCCCAUGGCAAGACCCUCGCCAUAUGCUACCCGAUCUGGCCCGAGCCAGCCUCUAGAAAGUCCACAAGGCGACCUAAUAGAUGUGCCCGAAGCGACAUCAGAGUUCUUAGAUCCAUCCAAUGUCGUUGAACGCCUCGGCAAGAUUUCGUCGAGCAGUGAUACAUACUAUGCAUUUCAGCUCAAUGCAGAGUGGAUCCGGAUCUAUGAUCCGAAUACUACUUUUGUCAAGGUAGAGUGCACCUGCGACGGUUUUAGAAGAGCCCAAUCGCCUUGCGAUCACCUUCAGUGGCUUCUCCGAGGGUUGAAAGCAUCGCUACAGAACGAAUGGUUCUCUGUGUCGCAAGCAACGAUGCAUCUCCUGUCGACUGAGCUAAGUCAGCUAUAUCCGGCAUUUGAUGCUUUCGAGCCUGCCGACUUGAUUCAAAAGAUCAACGCGCUCCGCGAUCCUGGCUCGGUAACGGCAGGCAUCGGGUAUCUAGGCACGCCUGGCAAUACUUAUCGCAGCAAGGUGCUAUGCGAUAUUAUAUCAACUUUCGAUGCCCGCACUGAAGUCUUACCUGAAGCAUAUCAAGCAGACUUUGAAGGCCAACUUCCAAUACCGUCACGCUUAGAGGAGUGCUUGCAACGCGACAGCCUCACGGGUACCAUUUAUCGGAUGGCUUUCGUUGAGCCGUCCAUUUUCGAUGCGUUGCAAAAGACAGUGCCCAGGCAGUAUUGCGCCGAUGUGUAUCUUGGCAAACAGCAAAUCAACAUUCGAAAUCACCUCGAGCAGAUGGACAAAGACGUCGAACAGGCGCAUAUCGAGGGGCAGGUGUUGCGAAAUCACAUCAUCCCCAGAUGUGGCAAAAGCCUUCGGCAGAUCGUCGAGCAGCUAUAUGAGUAUCGAGCUCACCAAGAAGCCAUCACACCCUCGCACGGCAAACGCCUCGCAUCUAUGCUUGUAGGUCUCAUCCAACAAGUCUACAAUAGGAAUCGCGAUCACCGAACAGGAACGAAAGCACGUGCUGCAAGGAACGAGUUCAAUCUAUUCGAGUUCCUCAUUCGCAGUCCCGACCAACUCGGGCCGGGCGAUGAGUGUUUCGCCAUCGGUAAGCUCGAGCGAUUGCCUGUCACCGAGCGAAAGCAUCUCCGUGAACCAUUGGCUGUCAUUCGAGACGACUUUCAACAAAUGCCACAGACGUCGGCUUUAUCAACUUAUGUCAACAAAAUCGAGGACAUCAUUAGGCGCGAAGACGCUGCGAUAUAG